CGCUUCCGGCUGUGACGCCGCGCAGCCCUUUCUGUCGCCGCGCUCCUCAGGCUUCCCCGGUGCAACGCACCCGCCGCUGCGGUGUCCGCGCUCGGGCGCCGGUCUCAUGAGGCUGUUCGAGUGCCUCGCAUCUGCUGCGGCCGACUCCUCUCUAAGAUUGGCAGUAUACUUCGCUGUGUGUCACCGAACAGGACAAUUUUAAGACGAUAGUCUUUCGCGCUAGAAUAUUACCGACACAGCGGGAGAAGAGGGAAAGACAUGGACAAAGGCCGGCCCGUGGUAACGAGGACUACGACCUCAACGAGCUAUCGCACUCCGACAGCCAUUGGCGUCAGUGAUAGUGGCGAGCUGUUUUGCGGGUGCCUGAACUUGGCGGUUUUCAACACGAGAACAGGCGUCUACAAGAUCCUUGAAACGGCGCUGUCAAGCAUCUCGCUGUGCCUAAUCCUGUGGUACGGGACGCCCGUCUGGCUUCUGCUAGGGCCCGCCUACCCAUUCUACCUUACCGCGGUCACCUGCUCGCUCAUGGGCUCCUCCACCUUCCUGCUGGCGUACCUUGUCUCCAGGAACACAUUCCUCGUAGCCAGGAGCACCGUGCUGGAGACGAUACAGAACGGCGUCUCCUUCCUGCUCCUGGGCGGAUCGUCGGCGUUCCUGCUGGUGCAGACGUACUUCUUCCUGUGGCCGAUGUACUUGCUGAUUCCCUUCUUCCAGGCCUACCCCGCCAUGAUGGCGGCUGGGGUACUGGGAGCAACAGCAGCUGCAGUUCACUUCUUGGACUCCGUGCUGGCGUGCCGAAAUCUAAGGCAGUGAAUACGUGGCAACGAACGCUCGUUUCUUUGUAAUUAAAGUGUGGUGACCAUCUA